UUUGUGUGUUCGUUCUUCGAAUUCGCCUAUCGUCUCUGGUAGCUGUGAAAAAAUCUAUUAAAAAUAUUAAGAAAAAUAAGAAAACGAGGGACACACAUUACAAAUUUUGCAAAAUAAUAAAGUGAAAAGCAUUAAAUUUAAUUAAAUCGAAGGCAAAGAGCAUUCGAGGAAAAUAGAAAAAUUUGCAAGUUGAAAAAAUAAACCCACCAAUCAAACGAACGACGACCGACCAACGCUCGAUAUAUUAAAAGAAAAAAAAACGCAGCAAAAAGAGAACAAAAGAAAAAAAAUAUGGUUGACAUAAUAAAUAUUGACAGCAUCAUAUCACGGCUCUUGGAAGUGCGUGGGGCUAGGCCUGGCAAAAAUGUACAAUUAUCGGAGAGUGAAAUAAGAGGCUUGUGCCUGAAAUCACGCGAAAUCUUUUUGUCUCAACCGAUAUUGUUGGAAUUGGAGGCCCCGUUGAAAAUUUGCGGUGACAUUCAUGGUCAGUACUACGACUUAUUGCGUUUGUUUGAAUACGGUGGUUUUCCACCCGAGUCGAAUUACUUAUUUUUGGGCGAUUAUGUUGAUCGUGGUAAGCAAUCUUUGGAAACAAUUUGCCUAUUGUUGGCUUACAAGAUUAAGUACUCGGAGAAUUUCUUCUUAUUGCGUGGUAAUCACGAAUGUGCCAGCAUCAAUCGCAUCUAUGGCUUCUAUGACGAAUGCAAACGUCGCUACACCAUCAAACUGUGGAAAACUUUUACCGAUUGCUUUAAUUGUUUGCCGGUAGCUGCCAUUGUGGACGAGAAGAUAUUCUGCUGCCACGGUGGCCUCAGUCCAGAUCUCACAACCAUGGAGCAGAUCCGUAGAAUUAUGCGUCCCACUGAUGUACCAGACCAAGGUCUAUUGUGCGAUUUGCUAUGGUCCGAUCCCGACAAAGAUACCAUGGGCUGGGGUGAGAACGAUCGUGGUGUAAGUUUUACAUUUGGAGCCGAAGUUGUAGGCAAAUUUCUACAAAAGCAUGAGUUUGAUUUGAUUUGUCGUGCCCAUCAAGUAGUGGAGGACGGUUAUGAAUUCUUUGCCAAACGCCAAUUGGUAACACUAUUCUCUGCACCCAACUAUUGCGGUGAGUUUGACAAUGCAGGAGCCAUGAUGUCCGUUGACGAUACUCUGAUGUGCUCUUUCCAAAUAUUGAAACCAGCUGACAAGCGUAAAAAGUAAAUGAUGAUUUAGUUAACUACUAAAAAGCGAAAUACUUCCUUUGUAAUUGUACAUCAACAUCAUACAAAACAUAACAAACAAAAAUAUAAAUAGAAUAAAAAACAUCCUCUAAUUACACACCCCAUAUUGGUACUUUUGUAGUCUCCUUUUAUUUCCACAAAUUCUAGAAGCAACCUUCCUUCCUUACAUCCAUCACAUCCCACCUACCUUCUAUUGGACACUAUUAAUCAUUCAUUUCGCUCUUUACACCACUACCCUCGCCAAUUUGUACUACUAAAUCCCACAAUCAUUUCAAAUGUCUAUACAUGCAUGAAAAUGCAUGUACAAAACUAUAGAUUAAAAAAAAAAAAACAAAAACUUAUUAAACUUAAUUAAUGUUUGAAUCAAAAGUGAAUGAUUUUUUAUGUGAAGAUUUCAAGUAUUUGCCAAAAUAAUAUUAAAUUAGACAUGACAUAAAUACAUGAGAAUAUAUUUUUAUCCUAAUAUACAUAGUAUUCAAACUAUGUAUACUUAACAUUUCGAAAUAAAAAAUUUAUUAACAAUAGCCAGAGGAUGUGUUGCAAAUUUAAAAGAGUGCAGUCAUCAAUAUUUACAAAAUGUUGGUGACUACAGGUUUUUCUGUAUUUUUUUUUAUAUUUUCUACUCGUAUAAUUAGACGACUAUGUUUUAAUUUAAAAUAUUGGACGUUUUUCUUUUGUUCUUCUAUACUCAUACCUAUAUAACUCUUAUCAAAAUCACGUAUGAACUAAAUUUUUGACCGAUCGAUAGACCUAAUCUCUAUAACAACUUCCCUCCUCCUCUUCCCCGUCCUACCAUCCAUAUUCUUUUUAUGAUGUAAACAAAACAAAAAAAUACAAAAACAAGAUGUGUUUUAUAUAAAUAUAUUUUCAACUAAAAGAAAAAACAAAACAAAUAUUCAUUAAUUAUAUUCAAAAUCUGUAUUAUUAAAACAACUACAUGAAAAUAUCCUUUAUAUUGAAUAAAAAUAAAACAAAACAAAAAAAUGUAAACUCAAA